AUGCCAAAGUUGGAAGUUAAAGCAGGGCUUUUCAAAAAUUUUUUCGCCAAACACCAAGGGGUGAAGAUUGAGAAAGAGAAAAAAGAGGCGGAACGGCACGAACAAAUGAAAGAGAAAAAAGCACUUCCCAAAAAGAUGGUUGUGAAAUGCAAAAAGAUUCCAACCAAAAUGUCCGAAGAUGACGAAAAACUCACGUCAUCAUCUUCAGAAGAAAACUCACAAAAAUCAUCAGAGGAAAGUAACAACUCUGACGACAAUCUCAGUGCAGAGCAAAAAUCAGAGAUCGAAGAUAACGAAGAAAGCAAAGAAAGUGAAGAAUCUCAAAGUGAAAAGAAAAACGAAGAUAAUGAGAAGAGUGGAACGAGCGCAACAGGAAAGGCUGAAAAUUUGCCGACUGCACAGAGCGAAUUUAGAGCAAAGAAGCAACAACGCGAGAAAAAAGACACAAAAAAGUUCCACCAGGAUGGUUCGGACUCCGAAGAAUACGAAGCAGAGGAUUUGUAUGAUGGGUUAGAUAAAGAAGGUGAUGAGGACAUUCUCAGAAACGAGUUAAAAAAUUUUAUAAAGAAGCAGGCCGACAAAGGGAAUACACUCGACGACCGUUAUGAUGAAGAAGAAGAAAAAGACUCAAAAGCUAUUCGCAAGUCGAGCAAAAAGAGGAAAAAUUGA